AUGAUAUCAUUUGAUUAUUAUCAGAAAAUAAUUCAUUGUUUAAAACAACCUAAAAGUGGUAAAGCAAUUGGCAUUGAUGCUAAAUUUCAUUUUUGGUGCAAGAAAAAUUUUAAAAUUGAUAUUACUUCAGGAAUUGAAAUUUUAUGUUCAACGAAGAAUGAUCGUCGAAUUGUUGUUAUUGAAUCAUAUUUUGCUAUUUUAAAAGAUAUUCAUCAAAAAACUGGUCAUGGUGCUCGUGAUAAAAUGCGUCACGAGAUGAACGAACAUUAUUAUUGGAUGCCGGCUCAAGUUAUUGAUAUAUUUUUACAAUGUUGUAUAUCUUGCAUAGUUAGAAAGUCUAUUAAACUAUCUGUUACACCAACAGCUAUUGUAUCAGUCGGCUUCUUAACCCGUCUUCAAAUUGAUCUCAUAGAUUUUCGUACACGACCAGAUAAAGAAUUUCAAUGGAUUCUCCAUUGUCGUGAUCAUUACUCAAAAUAUUCGUGGGAUUAUCCAUUAGUAUCAAAGGAAGCUCAAGGUGUUGCUGAACAUCUUUUAACAUUAUUUUAUCAAUUUGGGCCUUGUAAAAUUUUACAAUCGGACAAUGGCCGUGAGUUCACGGCCAAUGUCAUUAAAAAUCUUUAA